ACUGAGUGUGCACAUCACUGGGUGUGUACGUCACUGGGUGUGCACAAGCCAACACAUGUACUAAAAUGUCUUGCUCUUGUUCUUGGUUUGGCUGCAGAAGCAGUUCGACACGCUCCAAGCGACGAAGAUGUUCGACAAGAUGGAGGAGGGAGAUCAGCUGCGGCAGAUGGUCCAGUGAACUUUCGACAUUAUUCUAGGAGUACGUCACCUGUCCUAGGUUGGCGCUGCUGCCAAAGUCAUACUCCAGCGCUCAAAUUCUGCUGUCAAAGUUUCAUGAAGUGCUCAGUGGUGAACAGCGGUCAAAUGGACGAUACCCACUUCCUGAGAGCGUUCCUGCAUAGUCCUGGUCCUCGAAUGCACCCUUUCAUGGAGCUCAAGUAUUUCACAUCGGGAUUCAUCUACAUACAGAGCUCGGCGCCGUCGCUAGUGCUGGUCUUCCUGCUGAGCUACUGCGCGGCGUCCACCGCCUUCGCCUGCCUGCUGUCCGUCUUCUUCUCGCGUGCCAGCGUGGCCGCCGCCGUGUGCGGCAUGGUGUUCGUCCUCUCCUACCUGCCCUACGCCACGCUCGACCUCUGGGGCCACUGGGACACGCCCGCCAUCAAGUAUAUCGUUGGGCUGCUGUCGAACGUGGCGUUCGGCUUCGGCUGCCUGUACCUGUCGUCGUUCGAGCUGCUGGGCGUGGGCGCGACGUGGGAGCGCGCGCGCCGCAGCCCCUACGACAACGACGACUACUCGCUGCUGGCCAGCAUGGUGGCGAUGCUCGUCGACGCCCUGCUCUACAUGCUGCUCGCCUGGUACAUCUCCAACGUGUGGCCAGGUGCGCCUCUACGCUGACGCGAUCAGCUCGGCGCUCGUGAAUGCAACGUGCCUCAAAAUGAG